GCCUUCACCGACCCCCCCGAGCAGGUGCCCGAGGCCGUCUCCAACAAGAAGCGGUGCGUGAAGGUGCUGAAGCAGGAGCUGGGCGGGCUGGGCAUCAGCAUCAAGGGGGGCAAGGAGAACAAGAUGCCCAUCCUCAUCAGCAAGAUCUUCAAGGGGCUGGCGGCCGACCAGACCCAGGCCCUCUACGUGGGCGAUGCCAUCCUGGCCGUCAACGGCACCGACCUGCGGGAUGCCACCCACGACGAGGCGGUGCAGGCGCUCAAGCGGGCCGGCAAGGAGGUGCUGCUGGAAGUGAAAUACAUGAGAGAAGCAACCCCCUAUGUGAAGAAAGGCUCUCCUGUUUCAGAAAUUGGGUGGGAGACGCCUCCUCCCGAAUCUCCCCGCUUGGGUUGUGCCUCUGCUGACCCCCUGUCGCAGCUUUCACUCUCCAUCCACAGAGACAAGAAGACAAUACCGCUCAAGAUGUGCUACGUGACGCGCAACAUGACGGUGUCGGACCCCGAAAACAGACUUAUUGAAGUUCAUUCACCUGAUGCCAAGCACACCGUGGUGCUCAGGAGUAAGGAUUCGGCUACAGCCCAGGCCUGGUUCAAUGCUAUCCACUCCAGUGUCAAUGAGCUCAUCCCCAAGGUGAUUGCAGAGGUCAGAGACCAGCUGGGUAAAACAGGGAUUGCUGGAAGUCGAGAGAUCAGGCAUCUAGGCUGGCUUGCAGAAAAGGUGCCAGGAGACAACGAGAAGCAUUGGAAGCCAGUAUUAGUGGUCUUGACGGAGAAAGACCUCUUAAUAUACGAGAGCAUGCCGCGGAUGAAGGAAGCUUGGUUCAGCCCUCUGCAUACCUACCCCCUGCUAGCCACCAGGUUGGUCCAUUCUGGACCAGGAAAAGGCUCACCGCAGUCAGGGGUGGAUUUGUCUUUCGCAACCCGUACCGGUACAAGGCAAGGGAUUGAAACCCAUCUGUUCAGGACGGAGACUAGCCGAGACCUCUCACUGUGGACGAGGAGCGUAGUGCAGGGCUGCCACAAUUCUGCAGAGCUCAUCACGGAAAUCACCACAUCUUGCACAUAUAAAAGCCAGGAGUGCCGUUUGACCAUCCAUUACGAACAUGGAUUCUCUCUUACAACUGAACCGCAAGAUGGUGCCUUCUCUAAGACAAUUGCACAAUAUCCCUACGAAAAACUGAAAAUGUCCUCAGAUGAUGGGAUAAGGAUGCUUUAUUUAGACUUUGGAGGAAAGGACGGAGAAAUUCAACUGGACCUUCAUUCCUGUCCAAAACCAAUUGUGUUCAUCAUUCAUUCCUUCCUGUCAGCAAAGAUUACAAGACUUGGCUUGGUGGCAUAAGUGGGACACAUCUGUUUCUUCAAAGAAAGAUGGAGCGACCGUGCUAAUCCGAAUACAGUCAACAGCAGCAACCCGUACAGCUAGCAGCAUACACCAGCCGGGGGUUCAGUGGCCGGGCCUUGGUCAUUUCUGCAAUCUUCCAAGGCCCAGGUUUCAUUUUGAUCAGCUAAAGAGGUGGCAUGACAAGUAAAACAGUGGCUUACAUUGUAAAUAAUGGGAUUUCAAAAUCCCAUGUGAGACAGUAAAAGCAUGUAGUACCAUACGUGUAAAUGUUUCAGAAUCAUAAAUUGUGCCUAUUUCAAUGUACUUGUUUAUAUAGAAUAAGUAAAGGGCU